AGGUCUCAAAAUUGUACCAAUUUUGUGGAGUCGAGUCAAAGCUAACUAUGAACACCACUACAAAGGAACACGUGUCAGGAUAUCCAUAAAAUCCCCCGGAAGCCAAAUAUCAGAAGGCAGUUAAUGGACCAAGUCGAGAUAUGUUUGCUGGCGAUCUCGUGGUAGAGAAAGAAUACCGAGAUCGUGCCAGGAUGCAAGCUUGCUUACUGAGCGUAACCGGAUUCACGCAAAGUCACAAUCGAAGUGUAAGUAUAAUAAUGGAAGCACAAUGUAGCUGUCACUGGCACAGUUAAACAAAGAGCACAUUAAAUCAAGCACUGGCACAAUUGGUUAUAAUAAUAAUUGUUUUCAUUAAACCAUUCGUGUUCUCGUGAUAAAAGUCACUACAAUAUCCUUACUACACAAAUCAUUGAAGAUUGGUCCUACAUCGUGCAUCAUCACGAUGGCAUCGCUUUCGUUACUUGAUAGAUGGACGUUAUCAGACAGCGUGACUGAGCUCUAGAAAUGUCUUGAUUUGACCGCUUCUGCAAAACUUUACGAGUAGUCGGGGCGACGCAACAAUCAUUUUACGAUGGUUUGACCUUCAAGUGCACAGCAACCUCCGACAGAAGACGGUACUCCUAAGGCGUUGCAUUUCAAUUCUCUUUGUGGCGCACACCACUUUGAUGAGUGUAGGUAAGUGGCUAUCUGUCAUCGCCUCGAUAAAAACAACACAAUAUUCACCUUCGGGAUUAUCAAGGCACCUAAACUAUACCUUACCAUUCAAGGCGGUUCAAAACUGAGUACUGUUUCAGAACAGUAGCUAUAGCUACCAAAUGUAAUACAGCAAUUCUCGUAUGGUGUUUGUGCCAGCCAAGCCCAUUUUUCACUAUACAAUUGUAUAGUGAGACACUUAAGUGUCUCAUAUCCCAUUUAUUCAUAGAAAUCCGUAAAUAACCUCGAUUUCAAAGAUGAUAGUUGUUUAUACACGGUGAACGACUGGGUGAUUUCAUAUUCACCCAGGUUGGCUGCGCUUAUAAAGUAGCUACACCAACUAGUUUGUGUCCGUAAACAGCCAUUUACCCUGUUAGUUUUCUUGGGGGUGACCUAAUAUUUUCAACACUCAGCACCUAAGUUCGUCUUUUUCUAAUGUCCACAUACACCGAUCGAAAGAAUGUUUCUUUUCAGUUACCGAUAUUACUCCGUCGUGGCAAUUCCUUUUACGAAGCUAUUUGAGAACAUUCUAUCCAACUGAGUCUGGAAAUCUAUGUUGACAUUAAGUUUAGGUGCGUGUCUGUCAGCACUUGAUGAGGAACCAGAGGAGCACUACAUAGUUGGUUUUAAAGGUUCAUGCUACUAUUAUCAUUAUGGUGCUCAAGGUGUGAAUGACCAAAACACUGCAAACCACUUUAUCUUGGUAUAAGCUCACGAAAUCCUGUCCUUUCGAUGUACCUACUUUACUUGAAGUUCAAAAUAUAUUGCAUGAAAUUGGGGACAAGCCCAGAGCUUUUGUAGGCUCUCAUGAUUGGAUUGGAACAUACGAAUGUGGAUUAGUAAUACAAUACGUGACAAAGCAUGAUUUUAAGAUAAUACGUGUGGAAAAUGGCCUUUUUACGGAGGAAAUCAUCAAAUUGCUUGUUGAUCAUUUUCAAGCACACGGAUCACCAGUCAUGCUCGGAGGAUACGACGACAGUUCAUCAAAAGGAAUCAUUGCAGUAAAAACGUUUCCUGAUCAGCCAACAAUGUUGCUAAUUUGUGAUCCCCACUGUUUUGAAAUACAUGGCAGCCCAACUAUCGCUAAAUUGUGCAAAGGAAAGUGGUUACGAUGGUGCAAAGUUACUGAAUUGUCAGAAAGACACUUUUAUAAUUUGUGUUUGCCUUUAUGA